AUGGUCAAGGACAUUGUAGACAUGUUCAAGGACAUUGCAGGCAUGGUCGAGGACAUUGUAGACAUGGUGGAGGAUAUUAAACAUGAUGAUGUUUUAUAUAUGUCUACUUUAUCAGACGGUCAUUUGUACGGCUGCACUUUCAAUUUCUCGAGAGGUGUCCAUCACAUUCGACUGACCAAUAGAAGGGACACUUUCGCAGUGCUGUCUCAGUCCAUACAGGGUAACAGUGAGGUCAACUGCUACCUCUUAGGCGUGACAACUGUACGCAUGAAUACACGAAUUUUGAUUUCUCCUGAAUUGAGGAGAGUUCCCAUCCACUCGCCCUCUGCAGCAGCUACAACGUCAUCCACAGAUUGCUCUACACAUCUUCUGCUGAUGUCAUCCCAGAUGGGGACCACCGAAGUACAAUCUACCUUCUCCAAUUUAAUGUCCGAAGUGUCCAGUGAGGUCACCAACGAUUUAAAAACCUAUGACAUUUCGUCUGCUGUUAAGGCAUUCAUUCCUUCAACUUAUAUCAGUUCUCUGGAAACUGAAACGUCUGAGACUACAAUAAUGGGUGUAGCUCUAGCUUACAGUUCAUACUUAAGCUUAGUCUCUUCAGAUAUUACAUCAUCAGCAGAGUUUGGACCAACUGACGUAACAUCUUUUGAGCUACACUCGUCCUAUCUUACAUCGUCGGAUAUUUCAUCAUCAUUGAUGAUAUCAUCAGGCGAAACAUCGAUCAUUGCGACAACACGCAUAGAAAAAGCAUCUUCGGGCUUGAUAGUUCCGAGCGCUUCAACGCCCAUGCUCACAGACGUGAUAGUUUCAGACUCACACCUGGCUCACUCCCUGGAAUCCUCCUCCCUAAUUCACCUGUCGUUGUUCACCUCAGCAACAGAUCCUUACACACCAUCUCCAACACAAUCAACCAAUCGCCACGAGGCGUCUGCAUCAACCGACGCGGCGUCAAGAGUCUCAACUACACAUUCAGCAUCAUCGACGCCAACAGAUCCACCACAAAUCUACAACAGCAAAUCUCCACCACCACCAGAGAGCAACGCUAGAAAGCCGCACUUCUGUCCAUGCUCCCCUAAUUUCGUGGCCAACACCCAGUUCUCCGCGAAGCAGAUGUCGCUGGUGAGAGACGCCAUAAAGCGCAGCCUGACGGUUAACAAAAGCCAGAUCUCAGCUUACACAAGAGAGAAGACGAGCACAUGGGACAACAGGCCACACGCCACCAUCAUCGGAACCGCUGGUUUGGUCGCUUUGGGCGGCCUCCUCACCAUCCUUCUGUUGCCUGAUUUCGUAGCAGUGGCCAGUUGGGCUUUUAUGUUAGCAAAAAAUUUAAUAGUUAUAGUAAAAUAAUUAGUAAAAUGUUGAACGUUUGGUCGCUUUGGGCGGCCUCCUCACGAUCAUUCUGUUACCUGAUUUCGUAGCAGUGACCAGUUGGGCUUUUAUGUUAGCAAAACAGUUAAUAGUCAUAGUAAAAUAAUUUGUAAAACAUUUUUUAACUUGGUCUUGUCUGGGGAGUCAAAUUGUCUGCUUAUUGUGUAGAAACCUUCUUAACCAGCAAGGCAAGAUGGUAACUUAGUACCCUGUCGGUAAUUGUUGGUUUGCUGUAAGAAGUUUUAUGAUUCUCUGGAUCUAGAACUAAAGAGUAACUAGAACUUUGGUCAAAUAAAUUACUGGGAAUUCUAAACAUUCAGUCCAAUAUGACUGACCACAAUCUAAUGUGAUUGGCCACAUUUAAUAUGAUUGAUUGAAUGACCGUAGUCCAGUAUGAUUAAUUAAUUCCUAUAUGAUUGACCACAUUUCAAUAUGAUUGAUUGAUUGAUUGACCAUCGUCCUAUAUGAUUGACCACAAUUAAGUUUGACAAAAGAGCAUUUUAAUAUGAUUGACCAUAUUUCAAUAUGGCUGAUUGAUUAAACGUAGUCCUAUAUGAUUGACCACAUUCGAAUAUGAUUGACAACAUUCCAAUAUGAUUGACCAAAGUCCAAUAUAAAAUGAUUGACCACAGUCCAGUAUAUUUGACCACAUACCAAUUUUACAAAAGAGUAUUUUAAUAUGAUUGACCACAUCUCAUUUUGAUUGAUUGACAACAGUCCAAUACGGCUGCCCACAUUCCAAUAUGAUUUACUAAAUUCCAUUUUGAUUGUGGCUCCUUGCCCUCAGACAACACCGCCUGUGCUGGCUCAGACAUGUUCACUGCAUGGAGGACAAUCCCGAAAGUCAUUCUUUACAGGGAAACUCGCGUCAGGCUCCGUUACGUGGAGGUAAUCAAACAGCACCUUAACAGCGAACAUUGAUACUGACCAUUGGGAAGACAUAGGCCUAGACCGCACUGCGUGGAGAGAGACAGUGACCAAGAAAGCUAUGGACAGCGAGAAAACAUGGGCCUCAGCUCUGGAGGAAAAGCGUGCCAUACGAAAUAAUGGCUGACUCUUCUAUUACCAAAAGCAAAAGCCACAUUAACCAGCGAUAUAUGUAGACAGGAGUGUUUCUCCUAAGUAGGGCUCCACAGUAACAUGAACAAUGUGUUCAACGAGAUGAAAUUUGUUGUUCUACGAUUGUAGGAAGCCAACAAAAAAAAUGUCAUAGAGGAGAUAGGGAAACAAUUGGACAUCAAAUGCUUCCAAACCUGUACACGGUCAACGUAUGUUAGUGAUACGAUCCGAAAGUUCUUGAAGUAAUAACCUUCUCACUAAUAGUGAAAGCGAAUUCGCGCUUAUUCAGACUGCUUCACCAGAUCGUCAAUGCUAACCAAUCUCCAAGUUGUCAUGGCUUUUUCUAGUAAAUUAGGAGCAUUGGACUUGAGUUUUACAGAUCGUAAAGAAUAGCGAACUUACUCUCCAAGCAAGGCCGGCCUAUGAUAAUGGGUCCCAAAUGAAAUUUGAAAAUAAUCCAUAAAAAGAAACAGCAAAAAAAAUAAAAUUACUCAAUUUAUUAAAAACCUGCCCGUCUAUGUCUAAAUUGACAAAUAAAUAAAAUUCUUAUAUCAGUAGAGACAGAGUUUGACUAAUGAUAGUCAUGGUGUUCUAUGUUUGAGAUCUGAUCCAAGAUUCGAGAUUUUUUUAUCUACAAUUUUGUUUUAGUCCUAUGCAGGGCACUCACCAAUUUGGGACUCUAUGCGGCUUCCUAGCUUGCCCUUUUGUCGGCCCUGCUCCAGGAUUUCAUGACUUGUUCCAGUAAAUUAAGAGAUCGUGUUUAUGCACCUUAGAGUUUAGCUUUAUACGCUGGUAGCGUACUAGAUACUGCUAAUAUUUUUACUAAUAGAAUCUGUUUCUUAAAAAGGAGCUGCGCCUAUUAAGGUAGUACACUAUAGAUGUGAGUGUAUUUGUUUAUCUGUUCAUGUCCCCAAUCAUCGUCUCGGUUUGGAUAUAAUAUUUCUUUCGUAAUAGCAAAGAACUAACUUUAAUGUUUUGUUUUUU